UUAUAUUUAUUUCCUCCUCCUGUUUUGCUUAGGUCACGAGACUUCCCUCUCUUAUUCUUCUUUCUGAGAUUGUGCCAGCCAUUGCUACAUUUACAUUGAUAUUUGACAACAACCCAGAAAGCCAGAACCAUCCACACAUUACAGCUCUCUCUUCUUCUUUUCUUCCUUUCUCUUUCCCUUUCAUUUCUUUUCACUCAAAGCCAAACUCUGCAACACAGAACCAAAACCUAAAGUCCUCUCUUUUCUUUAUCUUUCUCCACCUCUCUUUCCUACUCCUUUCAUUUUUAUUCUUCUUUCCUCUUCUUCCUUCCCAAAAGAAAAAGAACUCAUCUUUCUGGUCCUUUUUUUUUUACUUUAUUCUCUCCUAUAUUAGCGGCUCUGGUAAUUAAGUUUGGAGUCAAAACCAAACCAAAGAGAUAUGGGCUUUUCAGGCGACUUAGGCUUGGAUUCCGACCCCAAGAAAUGGGUCAUUGCCGGAAUCUCGUUACGGGCUCCGUUACAGCCUAUAUACACCAACCCGGUAACGGAGAUCACGGAAGGGAACCACGGCGUGGAAGGAGAAGAUCAGUGUGGUUCGACGACUCCUACAGCUGCAGAAGCCAGAAUUCCUACCAGGCUGGCGUGUCCGCCUCCGCCGAGGAAGAGGAAGUCGGCGGCGGCUUCGAAAUGUAACUACGGUAGUGUCAGAGAGUUCUUCACUCCUCCCGACUUGGAAAGCGUCUUCAUACGCCGACAUGUCGAGAGGGCUAAUUGAUCACUUUCACAGCUCUAAUUUCAUCAGUCUGAUUUGUUUUAGUGUUUUGUUUUCGAGCAUUUUAUCCCUCUCUGUUUUUCAGUUUCUUUUAGGAUGAUGAUGAUGUUAAUCUGUACUUCAAGUUAACGAGGAGAAGAAGAUGAUUGUGUAUAGCUAAUUAUAAUAACGAAAAUAAAAAUUGCUCAUU